GUAUCCUCUGUCAUGUACUUUUGAAACCUUUUCGACCUUCGUCGUUAUUUCUUUUCUCUGUCGUUCAUUUUGUCAAGCUCUCUCGGUUGUUACUUCGAGGGGUCUUUAAUCUCUUUCUUUGCCAUGUCUCCCUUCAUGAUAAUUUUAUUUUCUACUUUGUUUGGAGUUACGAACGCUAUACCAUGGGCCGCAGCUAAACAGACAGCUACGUAUAAGGAAGAUGAAUGGUCUCCACGACCCACGAAUACGAUCCUAGAGCCUCGUGACCUGUUUAAGAGAGGUUCAUUCGAUGUUGAUAUAUGUGGUUGGAUUGGAGGAAACAAAGCUCAGUCGGUGGGUUGUGCAAGUGGAUCUUCAUGUAUUCACGAUACUUCUUUUGGAGUAAUUGGAUGCUGUCCAACUUCGUCGGCUGGAGCGGACCCGAUUCCUUGUACGGAUGGAUUGUAUACCACUUGUAUCGAUCAUAAUAGUGCUGGAUAUGUCUCAAAUUCUUUUAUGGUUAAUAAUGGUAUCUUAUCAUGCCCUUCGAAUUCAAACUGUUACAAAGUUAAUUACCCAGAAAACUACGUACAAUUUGGAUGUGGCCCCUCAACUGCAAAUGUCACAGCAGUAACCACUUUUGCUGGUCAAGCGACAGAUGAUAACCUACAGAUUGUGUAUACUGGAGUGACUUUCAACCCAACAAUCACAAUUCAAAAUCCUAGUAAUUUUGGAGCAGCCACCUCGUUUCCAACUUCGACGGCUGUGACUCCAACACAAUCUACGGCUUCGGCUACUGCUGGGAAGGGGUCACUUACACCUUCAAUCCCAGAUUCAACAAAUACGGCAGCUGCAGCAUCGAAGGGAAGCUCGAAUACUGGAGCGAUAGUUGGUGGAACGAUUGGUGCCCUGGUUGUAAUUAUCGGAGCAUCUAUAGCAGCAUUCUUUCUUAUUCGUAAAAGGGGAAACAAACGAGAAUCAAGCGUUCCUCGUGGUCCCAUGUCUCCUCCGCGGCCAUCAAAAUCAACAUUUGAAGCAGUUCCUAACCCAACUCCAUCUCCACAACCAUUUCACUCUCCUGUUUCAUUCAGAAAUCAUUCCCCACCCCCUCAAGAUCACUACUCUCAGAUGAGCGGCCUCGACAACCUAGGCUAUGCACCCGUCUUUCAAUCUCCUUAUCAUCGACCCACCACGCCUGCCGGACAUGAUGCACCCGUUGAAGCACCAACUCCUGAUCUUUACGCCCGCAACUUUCGCUCUCCAUCUCCUCUACCAGAUCGAGAUCCAUUCCAACCACCCCACUCCGAAAUACUCCCAGAGUCCUAUGAUCCGACUCGAACACGUAGUCCACCCUCCUCCGAGCCUUACCACUCAUCGCAAUCACCUGAACCUCAGCACUACUACCCAUCUCAAUCCCCAGAGCCUCAAAUGCAUUAUUACUCCUCCUCCCCCGAACCACAAGCUCUCCGCCCCCGUCCUUCUCGCUCCCCACCACCCGUAAGCACAUCUCCAGCCCCAAACACAAACCCCUACACUCUCCCUCCCACCGCCGACCUCCCACCCCUCGACAUCAUGGAAGACAUCCAAACCCCCAUCGCCCCCAAAGCCUCCCAAGCAAACUGGCACCUCGCUCUCACAGGAGAUCGACGCACCUACGCCCCCACCGACGGCCCCUCCACCUCCGCCGACCAUCAACACGAACCCAUGCCCGCCAUGCCUGCCCUCUACGCCGACAUCACAAGCGCCAUGGGCGCCGAAUCCAUGUCACCCCCCGCAGACUCCUUCCUUUCACGCCAAAUCUCCGACCCCAAACCCCCCGGCACCCGUCGCAAUUUCUCGCGCAAAGGCCGCUCCAAUAAAGAAGACGUCGGCGAACCUGAAAAUCAAAACCACAACAAAAACCAAACUCAAACUCAAAACUCAGAAACAGAAGAACAAGAAGAAGCAGCACACAGCAACAACAUCCGGCAAUCAGGCUGGGUACCCUCCGGCCUACGCACCCGAAACAGUCCCUCUCCACAUUCCGCCCCCCGAAUGCCCGACCGCAGAACUCCCAUCCCAACACCUAACGGAAACCAUGCCGAAGUCUCCGCGCAGAGAUACCCGCUGGCUAAUUCCCGGGACGAGGAAGCGCGCAUUGCGUAUAAUGGGCCUGCGCAUGCGGGUAUAGAUAUGGGACAUAGCGCACCAUCGCGAGGCAUGGGGAUUGCGAGGAAACCGACUCCGGUUAUCGAUCCAAAUGCGGUAGAGGGGGGGUGGUUGUAGGAAGUUUUGUUUGUAAAUGGCGUUGGAGAAGAGGAGACGAGAUGCAAUGUGAUGAAUGAUACGAUAUGAGGGAUUCCUUAGAUGUGUAUUAAUGUUUAACAUACCGGAUUCUGCACUCAUUGCAGAUUAGUCGAAUGGAUAGCGAGCUUUUCAUGCAUGGAAUGGGUUAAGUUAGGAUAGAGCGAAAACCAAUAUAUAUGUACAUACAUACUACAUAUAAACGUCCAAUCAAUUUAUUCUUCA